AUGGCUCUUAUUGAAUCUUUGGCUGCCUUAUCAUUGGCUACUGUCUCCGCCGAAGGAGCAGUCGCAACCAAAACGUUGGUGUUCAAACCUAAAACCGCUAAGACUGCUACCCCAGUGCCAGUUCUUGUGUUCGCAUUACAGUCCACGCAGACUCCAUCGCCAUUAGUUGCACAAGCUGCUUCCGUUAAGGAGCCAAGAUUGGCUAAGGAUGACUUGGUGCAAGAAUUUUUUGCCGUCUCCGCAAAGGAAGUAUCUAUUGCCAACUUGAACAAGGACUUGGCUGGUAAGAUCAAGAUCGUCAUUGACCAAAACAUUGUAGAUGCCGAUGAGUCGACCGUGUUGGAGUUAUCCACCGAAUCUGCCAAGGCUUCUCUCCCAGCUACCACCAUCAAAGCAUUUUUGGAAUCCACUGGUAUUGAAUUGAUUCCAGUUGAUUUCUCUGCUGCUCCUGUUGUUCCUGCUCCUGGUGCUGGUGCUGGUGCUGCUCUGGCUUCCAAGGGGGCCAAGGAUGCCAAGAAGGAAGCUUUCAAGAAGGAGAAGGAAGCCGCUAAGAUCGAAGGUGCUCAACUUAUUGGUAUUACUGUAGACAAGGCCAAGGACUUCUCGUCCUGGUACUCCCAAGUGUGUGUCAAGAGUGAAAUGUUGGACUACUACGAUGUCUCUGGUUGUUAUAUCUUGAGACCAAACUCUUACCACGUCUGGGAACAAAUCCAAGACUGGUUCAACUUCAGAAUUAAAAAGUUGGGAGUCAAGAAUUCAUACUUCCCUAUGUUUGUCUCUCAAAGAGUCUUAGAAAAGGAAAAGGACCACAUCGAAGGUUUUGCUCCAGAAGUCGCUUGGGUCACCAAGGCCGGUAACUCUGAAUUGGAUGAACACAUUGCUAUUAGACCAACUUCUGAAACCGUCAUGUACCCAUACUACGCCAAGUGGAUUAGAUCUCAUAGAGAUUUACCAUUAAAAUUGAACCAAUGGAACUCUGUCGUUAGAUGGGAAUUCAAGCACCCUCAACCAUUCUUGAGAACUAGAGAAUUCUUAUGGCAAGAAGGUCACACCGCUCACUUGCUUAAGGAAGAGGCAGACUUAGAAGUUCAACAAAUCUUGGACUUGUACGCCGGUAUUUAUGAAGAAUUAUUAGCUGUUCCUGUUGUCAAGGGUAAGAAGACCGAAAAUGAAAAAUUCGCUGGUGGUGAUUACACAACAACCUGUGAAGGUUUCAUUGCUGCUACUGGUAGAGGUAUUCAAGGUGCUACUUCCCAUCAUUUGGGUACUAAUUUCUCCAAGAUGUUUGACAUUUCUGUGGAGAACCCAUUAGGCUCAGACAAGCCUAAGGUAUUCGCAUUCCAAAACUCUUGGGGUUUAUCUACCCGUGUUAUCGGUGUUAUGGUUAUGACCCAUUCUGACAACAAGGGUCUCGUCUUGCCACCAAGAGUUUCACAAUACCAAGUUUGUGUCAUGCCAGUUGGUUUAAACAGUAAGACCUCCGAUGAACAGAAGAAGGUGAUCAAUGACGGUGCUGAAAAGGUCGAAAAGAGAUUAAAGGACGCUGGUGUUAGAGUCACUGGUGAUUAUAGGGAAAACAUUACUACUGGUUGGAAGUUCGCUGACUGGGAAUUGAAGGGUUUACCAGUUCGUUUAGAAUACGGUCCAAAGGAUGCUGAAAAGGAUCAAGUAACUGCCGUAAGAAGAGAUGAUGGCUCUAAGUACGUUGUGAAGUUGAGCGAAUUAGAAACCAGAAUUCCAGAAAUUUUGGAAGAAAUGCAAGAAGGCUUACUUUCCAAGGCAAGGAAGGAUUUCGACGAACAUAGAGUCACUGUUGAAGAAUGGAAAGACUUUGUUCCAACUUUGAACAAGAAGAAUGUCAUUGUUGCUCCAUGGUGUGGUGUUGCAGAAUGUGAGGACGAUAUUAAGGACUCAUCUGCUAAGAAGGAUAACGGUGAAGAGGAAGAAGUCGACGAAAAGGCUCCAUCCAUGGGUGCCAAGUCAUUGUGUAUUCCAUAUGAACAACCUCCAUUCAAAAAGAACCAAAAGUGUGUUAAGUGUGAUUUAGAGGCUAAGUACUGGUGUAUGUUUGGUAGAUCAUAUUAG